AACAAAACCCCCUUCUCGUUUCAUACCCCUUUCAAUACCUUCCUUUUUCCCUUGGCACAACCCAGCAAAAGACUGCCGAACAUGGGCUGAUGAAACCUGAACCAGACCCUUUUCGCCGUGCCCAUGACCUGCGACGGCUGUGCCAAAGACGUCUCGAGCGCCCUGCACAAGCUGCCAGGCAUCACGAAAGUGGAGGCGAAUGUGAAGGACCAAUUGGUAUCAAUUGAGGGGACAGCGGCGCCUUCGGCCAUUGUUGAUGCUAUUCAAACCACUGGGAGAGACGCCAUCUUACGAGGGUCAGGAACCUCAAACAGUGCCGCGGUCAGCAUCCUCGAGACAUACCAUCACAGGUCAGACGCGGAGGUGACGCCUGCCGGAGCCCCGGGUGAGAGCUGGGUGAAUGAGAGGCUGGUCAGGGGCUUGGUGCGGAUGGUCCAGGUCAGCCCAACCGAAACCCUGGUUGACCUGACUGUCCGGGGCGUGCCGCCGGGGACGUACCGCGCUACUAUCCGGGAGUAUGGAAACUUGAAGGACGGCGCGACGUCAGCAGGCCCCGUCUGGUCGGCCCAGAGCAAGGAGGCCGGUGGCUCUCCCCGUGGAGUCCUGGGGACGGUGGAGAUUGGGCCCAAUGGGUACGGGAAUACGUUUAUCAACCAUCCGUUCCAGGUAUGGGAAGUUAUCGGCCAUGCGCUGGUCGUCUCGCGUCACGAUGAGAGCGACGGAGCCCCACUUACGAACGAGGAGGACACCGUUGUCGGCGUCAUUGCCCGGAGCGCCGGAGUGUGGGACAACGACAAAACUGUGUGCUCCUGCACGGGCAAGACGCUUUGGGAGGAGAGGAAGGACGAGAUGUCCAAGGGCAUGUUAUGACAAGUUGUUUCAAAUACCUGGGCAGCGUCCUCGAAGCGCAGUUCAGGUCGUGGGGGUUACCCAGAUUAGAUCGUCCGGGGCUACGGUCGUAUCGCGGCAGUCGUGAAGGUUUGGGGUGGUGCAACAGGAUCAUCCAGCCUCGGGUAUGUCGUCCAAGUCGACCACGGGAUAGCGCCAACUGGCUUGUUUCCAAAGGUGUACACACACAUAGUCUGUCGGUAACCGAGAUAUGGUUGAGACGCUCGCCAAUACCAUCACAGAAUGGACUUCAGAUGACUAUCCUUCUUUU